UCCUAAUAAUGUGCACACCACAUACAUUACCGUGGAUGGGCUCUGAGCGCCGCUGUUGAUACAUCACUGACUAGCUGUCCAAAUCAGCAGUGCAGCGGUCCACCCCUUUAAUUCAUUCCAGUGUUUUACUGCUUGGAGAGAAGACGGUCUGGUGUAGCUUUUCUCGCGGAAUUUCUCUGCUGAACGAUACUUUUGCCUUCUCAGUUUAUGGAUUUUAAAAUACCAGUUUUGCAUUGAAAGGGAUUACUGCGUCUGUAUCUCUGGAUUUAUGAUGGCUUGUAUGUGGAUAACCGCUCUCAGAGGCCGAUGGCAAGCGCUGUUUGCCAUUCUUUGUCUUCUCAAGCUGAGCUCAGUGACCGGACAGGCUCGGUAUUCCGUACCAGAGGAGCAGGCAGAAGGGUCUUUUGUUGGAAACAUCGCUAGAGAUUUAGGUUUGGAUGUGGCGAGGCUCGUAUCAGGUAAAGCUCGUAUUAUUACAAAAGGAAGUCGUCAGUAUGUUGAUUUAAACCGAGACAAAGGCAGUCUAGUUAUUAAAGAGCAAAUCGACCGAGAAGAUCUGUGUGGAAAGACGACGCCCUGUAGCUUCAGCUUCGAGGUCAUUUUAGAAAAUCCAAUCCAGCUUUAUCGUAUAACAGUGGAGGUAAUAGACAUAAACGAUAACAGUCCGUCGUUCCCAAAGGAUGAAAUCAGUUUGAAAAUCGUUGAAAGUGUUACAUUGGGGACUCGAUUCUCACUUGAGAGUGCAGACGACCCUGAUGUUGGUAUUAAUGAUAUUCAAAAAUACACACUUAAACCCUCAGAUCAUUUCAAAUUGGAAGUACAGAGUCAGCCUGAUGGAGGAAAAUAUAUCGAAAUGGUUUUACAAAACCCGUUGGACCGAGAGAAAGAGGAGACUCACACACUCGUGCUGAUUGCUUCAGAUGGAGGAGAGCCACAUAGAUCAGCGACGGUGCGUAUUCAUAUCACUGUGCUAGAUGCUAACGAUAAUGCUCCAAUGUGCAGCCAGCCUGUUUAUAAAGCAGAUGUCAGGGAAAAUUCCGCUGAAGGAACAGUUGUGACCACUGUUAGUGCAAAUGACGCUGAUAAAGGAGUUAAUGGUGAAAUAACUUAUUCCAUAGCUCAUGUUGCCAAAGAGGCAAAACAGCUUUUUGAAGUAAAUGUUAAAACUGGAGAGAUUAAAGUUGCAGGUAAAUUAGAUUUUGAAAAAUCUAAAACGUAUCCAUUAAACGUCAAAGCUAGUGACCAUGGGGGUUAUACAGAUACGUGCAAAGUCAUCGUUCAAAUAAUUGACGAGAAUGACAACAUCCCUACAAUACAGCUCAUGUCAUUUUCUAACUCGAUAUCCGAGGAUUCUCCUCCAGGUACAACUAUAGCUGUUGUUAAUGUUGAUGACGAAGACUCUGACGGUAACGGUGUCGUCAAAUGCUCCAUUAACUCUGACGUACCUUUCAAAGUUGAGUCUUCAUUAACAGGAUACUAUACUGUAGUAACCGAAGACUACUUAGACAGAGAAAGUAUUCCUGAGUAUAACAUCACCUUAACCGUCUCUGACCAAGGCUCUCCGCCUCUGACCAGCAGUAAAAACAUCAAUGUAAAAGUGUCUGACGUGAAUGACAGCCCACCCAAAUUUGAUCAAUCAGAAUAUAGUAAGACUGUACCGGAGAACAAUUCUCCUGGAUUUUCUGUGUUUAGUCUCAGUGCUAGUGAUGCCGACUGGGACCAAAACGCGCGAGUUUCUUACUUUCUGGAGGAGAAACAGAUUAAUGGGGUAGCCGUGUCUUCUUUGGUGUCAAUAAAUUCAGACAAUGGCGUCAUUCAUGCAGUGAGGUCGUUUGAUUAUGAGCAAAUCAAGUGGUUUGAAUUUAACGUAACUGCUCGUGAUGCUGGAUCCCCUCCUCUGAGCUCGGUGGCUACAGUCAGAAUAAUAGUCCAGGACCAGAACGACAACCCUCCUCAGGUUCUGUACCCAGUCCAGACUGGUGGCUCUCUGGUGGCUGAGAUGGUGCCUCGUUCAGCAGAUGUGGGCUAUCUGGUCACUAAAGUGGUGGCUGUUGAUGUGGACUCUGGACAGAAUGCCUGGCUCUCCUAUAAACUGCAGAAAGCCACAGACAGGGCGCUGUUUGAAGUGGGCUUACAGAAUGGAGAAAUAAGAACUAUCCGCCAAGUCACUGAUAAAGAUGCUGUGAAACAAAGACUGACUGUUAUAGUGGAGGACAACGGGCAGCCCUCUCGUUCAGCUACAAUUAUUGUUAACGUGGCGGUUGCGGACAGCUUCCCUGAAGUGCUGUCGGAGUUCACUGACUUUACACACGACAAGGAGUACAAUGACAACCUGACUUUUUACUUAGUGUUGGCUUUGGCUGUAGUUUCCUUCCUCUUCAUCACGUGUUUAGUGGUUAUUAUAUCAGUGAAAAUCUACAGAUGGAGACAGUCUCGCGUCCUGUAUCACUCCAAUCUCCCUGUGAUUCCAUAUUAUCCUCCACGUUACUCAGACACUUUGGGGACAGGGACUCUCCAACACGUGUACAAUUACGAGGUGUGCAGGACGACUGACUCCAGAAAGAGUGACUGUAAGUUCGGCAGAGCUGGUAGUCAGAACGUGCUGAUAAUGGACCCCAGUUCAACAGGGACGAUGCAGCGGAUACAGAGUGAAAAGAGCAUCCUGGAUGAACCAGACUCUCCUCUAGAGGUUAGACGACUUCAAUACCAUUUCAGUGUAUGCUUGAUUAUUUAAAACGUCUUUAAUGACACACAAUUAUUUUUUAACUAACAAAAGGGGAGCAUGGCAUUUUGGGUAUACUUUUCGUUUAGGGGACCAGUUUCUAUGCCCUAUAUUUCUAUAUACUGGUCACUUUUUCAGCUAUGUUUAUUCUCCAAAGGGACUUCGAAUGCAUUUUAACCUAAACCUAUAUUGAAAGACACCACGAGUUGUUUUGAUAUUAAUAAUUAAUGAGUGUGGUAGAAGUAGUUGUAGUGAUAAUGGAAGUAGACGAAGGACCAAGUUCUGCUGUGUUGUGCUGGCUGUGAAAAUAAAUCUUCCUCUGGGACAAUAAAUCUAAUCCAUUUAUUUUUAAUAGUAAUGUUUCACAAUGGUUUUUC